AUGAUUCUAUCUAAUGAUGAAAUAAAAUCCAUAGCUAAUUCUAUUACAAAGAAAUCGGACAAGAAAAACUACAACUCGAUCAUUAAAUUAAUCAAUGAAUUUAUUAAAGUAGACCAAUUCGAUGAAUUGAAAUCAAACCUAUCUUUAGAACAAAACCAACGUUUCCUUCUAGUCUCUUUAUUCCAAAUCUUUAAAAAGCUUUUCACAAGAUACGAUUUAUCAUUGAAUACCCAAGUUUCUACCUCAAAAGAGCAAAUCCUAUUUAUUAAAUGGUGUAGAAAAUUAUAUGAAUCAUUCAAGACAAAAAUUCUUUCCUUUAUCUCGAAAGUUCAAUUCCAUUGUUCUUUGACUUUGGAUUGUUUGGAUACUUUUAUUCAAUUACUCAAUCUUGAAUCCAUUUUCUUCUCUUCUUCCAAAGAUGCAGCUCUUUUCCCAAACAAGACUUUCAAGAAAUUGAUUGUAGCUUUGUUUCAAUCCAUAGAAAACAAGGAUAUAGAUUCCAACGGGCAAUCUUUGAACCCUUUAAUUUUAGAAUUCUCGGAGAAUUAUUAUCAAAGAUUUGUAGAUAUUCAAUAUUAUUUCCAAUUAGAAUUUAAUCAAUUGUUAGUAGAUGAAGAAUCUCCAAUGACUAAAUUAGAUCCAAUCAUGAUCAUGAGUAAAUGGUUGGUGAUCGUUAAUCAUGAUAACCAUUGUUGUCUGGAGAAUCAAUCCGAGUUAGAAAUUUAUGUGGAAAAUCCUCCAAGUACUAUUGAAAACGUUUCUAAAUAUAAAUCAAAUAUUGGUAAAAAUUGGAUAUCACUUUUAGGUUCAACUCUAUCCUUAGAUCAAUACAAGACCAUUCUAUUAAUAUUACACAAAAGAAUCAUUCCUCUAUUGCAUAAUCCAGCAAACUUGAUGGAUUUCUUGACAGAUUCAUGUAAUAUUAACAAAACUUCUUUCACCGAUGAUAAAGCAGAACAAGAAAGUUUAUCAUUUAUUCCAAUCUUAUCAUUGAAUGGUCUUUUCGAAUUAAUGCAAAAAUGUAAUCUGAAUUACCCUGAUUUUUACACAAGGUUAUAUCAACAAUUAACACCCAAUUUAAUCCAUUCUAAAUAUAAACAAAGAUUCUUCAGAUUAUUAGACUUAUUUUUAUCCUCAUCCCAUUUGUCAGGAAACUUAAUUGCUUCUUUCAUAAAAAAAUUAUCAACUUUAACUUUAGAAGCCCCACCCUCAUCAAUAAUUAUUAUAAUACCUUUCAUAUAUAAUCUAUUGAAAAAGCAUCCGACUUGUAUGAUAUUAAUUCAUAAUCCAAUGUUCAUUUCAAGUCCUUUUGAUGACAUGGAAAAAGUCCAAAAUUUAAAGAAUUUGAAAAAUUCUUAUGUUGAUCCCUUUGAUACGAAUGAAUCAAAUCCAGAAUUAACAAAUGCUAUAGACUCUUCAUUAUGGGAAAUACAUUCUUUAAUAAAUCAUUACCAUCCAAACAUUUCCUCAUUGGCUAAAAUUUUUAGUCAACCUUUUAGAAAAUUGAAUUAUAACUUGGAAGAUUUCCUAGAUUGGAACUACAAGCAAUUACUUGAUUCAGAAAGUAAUAGGACACUAAAAGUUCUUCCCACUUUGGAAUUUGAAAAUUUUGACAAAUUGUUUGAAGAUAAUCAAGAACCAAAUAAUAAUAUGGAAAAUAAUGAAGAAAAUGAAAAUAGUUCCAUUUUUUUAAAAUCUGUUGCAUGGUAG